AUGUUCAGUUCAAAUUUGCCUGAAGAUUUGGUUAUUCAAUUUCAUGUUAAAGGGUCUUACAUAGUAAACUUGAUGUAUGCCCUUCAAUUCCACUUAUUAUUAUCACAACAAAAGAAUAGUAAUAUCUUGCAAGCACAUAAACAACCUUCCAAGAUGUGUCACUAUAAAGACAAGUAUACUUCCAUAUUGGAAGAAGUUUCAGUUAAAUCUCCAGAUCCAAAAUUAGUAGAG